GGCCGUUUUAACUGACGUGCAGCACGGGUGCAUCGAAGCUUGCAGACCCGGUCGAUGUGCUCCGUACCCCUCCGGCUUUAACCCCCGUUUACUUCACCCGCACCCUCAAUAACUCGAAAUGGCCACCACCCGACAUGAAGCCAACGAUGCUGUGCUGGCCAACCCCGAGGGUCCCGACUAUGAAGACCUCCUCGAAGAUGAAGAGCCUUCAUCAAACUUCACACCCGCGCCCCUCCCAAUCCUCACAAACCAGCCCCAACGCCACCCAGAUUCCUGCCUAACCCUCUCCCUCCCUCUCAUCAAAGCCCUACACGCACAACUACCGCCCGCGCCGGACCUUACGCUCUCGAUUGGUAGUGGGACAGGGCUUGUUGAGGCUCUGCUGGACUCUCUCGCCGAGUCCCAGGACCAAGAUCCCCUGGCUUCUGGUGCUCCUCCGGGUUCUCAGGAUGCACAUCGGUCGCUCAACCUAACCAGCAUCGAAAUCGCCCCAAGCCCAAAUAAAUACCACGCCAACCACCGUACCGUGCCAGGGACAUGGGCCCUCGACCCAGCUGCGAGGGAUGCAAAGGCGUGGAUGUUUGUGUAUCCGAAGCAGGUUGCGCUUGUGAGGAAGUAUAUGGAGGCUUUUGCUGCUUCCAGCGCGAAAGGGGCCGUGGAGAAGGUGGUGUAUAUCGGUCCGCGGAUGGAUUGGGAUGAUUUCCGGGGUGCGCUUGAGCCAUUCGCGGAGGACGUUGAGGUUUGGGAGGAGGAGAGGAUGGAGGGUGUUGGGGGGAUGGGGUGGGAAUGCGUUGUUGUUGUUAGGGUUCGGAGUAUGUCGGCGGCGGGGUAG